AAAAUUCUAAAAGCGCAACCGAUGAGGUCUUACUAUUAUUUUUCAUUCCCUCGUGAGACGUAAUUCGCCAAGGACAGGCUGGAGGGAAACUUGUUGGCACUGUCAAAUGGCGGCCUGCUUCUCUUAUCUCCAAUGAGUCUGCUAUCCGAUUCUUCGGCUGGUUUCUAGGCGAUGUGUCAAUAGGUCUGAGACCAUGUCUUUCUGCCCGCUCCGAGACUGGAUGAGUGAGAGGAAAGAGUUUGUACUGGGGGAGCACAACUGUUUCGAAUCACGAGAGAUUUCAGGUCGUUACCAAACAAGGACCGAACGGGGGACUGGCCAGAGUGGUAUGUCUCAUUGAGAAUGAGCACGGAAGUCAGGCUGCCCCAUCCGGAGACGGACGAUUGUAACGUGAUGGCGGUGGAAGGUGGAGCAGGGAUCGGAAUGCGAUCGCCACAGGGUAGAUCGAUCCGGUCUCCAGCCUGGGAAUGGGGACACCUGCAACAUCAACGUGUCAAUGGAGACCCGUGAACCUUUCUGACGGAUCGGGGGAACUACGGAUCAGACUUUGGGGAGGUAAAGAAUAAUGGAACCUGACCAGACCCUGUGGAAAGUCCCCCUUUGAAGGGUGGUUGGGGAAAGCAGCAGGGGUAACGGAUGGUGCGGAUGGUGCAGAUGGUGCUGGUGGAUGGAGAUUUGGUGGUGUCGGUGGUAAGAAGUAGGAUCCAUCCAGUGUCAGUUUGCCAAAUCGGGCUGUCCGUUCUUUUCCCUGUUUUGCU